AUGAGCGCGCCUCGGAUAGGCCGUGCCUCUCUACAGGCCAAAUGGCAUACCACCACCUUCUCCAGAGGCAUUAAAAGCAAAGCCCGUCGACAACCACAAUCAACUGCCAAAACCAAUCCUCCACAGAGGCAGACACCCCCUAAAUCCGAACUUCAGCGUUUCCAAGAACGCAUCCGCGCGGAAAAGGAAGCCACGCAAAAAAAGACCUACCAUGGAAUCUCACCACGCGUGCUCACCUUCCUGGGUAUCACAGCCUUGACCAUCAGCACGUAUACGGGCUACCUGUACGCGUCAUAUACGCGUGAAGUCAGCAAAGCGCAAUCCCUCGAGGUUCCCACCGACGUCUCGGAUCGGUACAACUCGACCGCGCCGACCUUCGACGCUGAGGUUGAGUUGUCUGAGAAAGCCAUGCGCAUGGGUACCAAGCGUGCUGAGCUUGUUCGUAUGGCGCGCGGUGACGUACUGGAGGUGAGCUGCGGUACGGGCCGGAAUCUGGAGUACUACGAGCUGGGCGAGCGGCGUGGAGUAGACGCGGAGGGGAAGAGUGCUAUUCAGGGAUGUCGAACUCUGACUCUGGUGGAUUUGAGUCCGCAGAUGGUGGCUAUCACGGAGGAGAAGUUUCGACGAUUGAGGCCGGAGUUUGCGCGAGUGCUAUUCCGUGCACAGGAUGCGGCGAAGGUGGUCGUUGAGAAGCCGGUGGCUACGAUUAAGACAUCCAAGGAUGUUGGCGAUGGGCAUGGACCUCGGGAAGAUCGGUACUACGAUACUAUCGUGCAGACUAUGGGGUUAUGCUCGAUGCCGGACCCCGUGGCGACGUUGAAGCAUUUGGGCUCGAUUACGGAGCCUAGCCGGGGUCGUAUCCUGCUUCUAGAGCAUGGAAGGUCGUAUUAUGGGUGGCUGAAUCGGAUUUUGGAUAAUCUGGCGCCGGCACAUGCGGAUCGCCAUGGGUGUUGGUGGAAUCGGGAUAUUGGGGCUAUUGUAAAGGAGAGUGGGUUGGAGAUCGUGGAGGAGAAACGGUGGCAUUUUGGAACGACUUGGAAGUAUGUUCUACGGCCGAAGCAGGAUCAAGGUAGGGCGGAAUGA